AUGGCUCCACAAAAGAAAGCUGGUGUUUUAGGUGCCACUGGUUCUGUUGGUCAACGUUUCAUCUUGUUAUUAUCAGAACAUCCUGAUUUCAAAUUGGAAGUUUUAGGUGCUUCUUCAAGAUCUGCUGGUAAACCAUAUAAAGAAGCUGUUACAUGGAAACAAACUCAUCUUUUACCAGAAUCUUCCCAAAAUAUCAUUGUUUCAGAAUGUACUGUUGAAGCUUUCAAAGACUGUGAUGUUGUCUUUUCAGGUUUAGAUUCAGAUUAUGCUGGUGAUAUCGAAAAAGCUUUUAAAGAAGCUGGAUUAGCUGUUGUUUCAAAUGCUAAAAAUUAUAGAAGAGAACCAGAUGUUCCAUUAAUUGUUCCAAUUGUUAAUACUGAUCAUUUAGAAAUUAUUGAAACUAAAUUAAACAAGGCUAAACAAGCUGGUGAAAAAAGACCAGGUUUCAUUGCAUGUAUUUCAAAUUGUUCUACUGCUGGUUUAGUUGCACCAUUAAAACCAUUGAUUGAUAACUUUGGUCCAAUUGAAGCUUUAACUGCCACUACUUUACAAGCUAUUUCAGGUGCUGGUUAUUCCCCAGGUGUUUCUGGUAUUGAUGUUUUAGAUAAUAUUGUUCCAUAUAUUAGUGGUGAAGAAGAAAAAAUUGAAUGGGAAACUAAAAAAAUUCUUGCAGAUUUAAAUGAUUCUAAAGAUGGUGUUAAUUUAUUAUCUGAUGAAGAAAUCAAAGUUUCUGCUCAAUGUAAUAGAAUUGCAGUUUCAGAUGGUCAUACUGAAUGUAUUUCAUUAAAAUUUAAAAACAGACCUGCACCAUCUGUUGAUCAAGUUAAAAAAGUUCUUAGAGAAUAUGUUUGUGAUGCUUAUAAAUUAGGUUGUCAUUCAGCUCCAAAACAAACCAUUCAUGUCUUAGAACAAGCUGAUAGACCUCAACCAAGAUUAGAUCGUGAUAGAGAUAAUGGUUAUGGUGUUUCAGUUGGUCGUAUUAGAGAAGAUCCAUUAUUAGAUUUCAAAAUGGUUGUUUUAUCUCAUAAUACUAUCAUUGGUGCUGCUGGUGCUGGUAUUUUAAUUGCUGAAAUCUUAUUAAAGAAAGGAUUAAUCUAA